AUGUUUGCCGCUGCGACGGUUUGCGUCAUUCUGGAUAUAUUUACUACCCUUCGAAAUAUCUCCCGUGCUAUUGACCCUACCAUUGGUGGAAUCGCGAAUGAUACCACUGCGAAUAUCGCCGCCAGUAUACAAUCAGCAUUGGCCAGAGUUCUUUAUAUUCUCAGUGAUGCUAUUGUACUUUGGCGCGCCUGGGUUAUAGGUAUGCGUAGGAGGAAGAUUGCUAUUGCCCUGAUCGCAUGCCUUGUUGCGACCAUCGGUAUAAGUGAUUUCUCCACUACCACAUGUGAGGCGAGCGAAGUAAAAAGUGGAGAAACAACCUUGAUUCUAGCACUUCCGACACUCUUCACAAAUAUUGUUGCAACAUCCAUAAUUGCUUGUACAGCGUGGAAGCAUAGAAAUUUCAUUAUAUUUCUCCUCUCCUCCUUCCAACAGCUUUCCGGCGUGCUGGGCUUGUCUAUAAUGGAAGUUAUCAUGAGUCAGAUAUCCGGAAUCUACCCCACUCUUAUCAUGAUUAUCGUCUGUUUGAACCGAAGCCAUUGUGACCGGUACAGCGUGCACUAUAUCAAACAGCCCUCGGGUAUCAAGCCAUCUUACGAUGAUGGUCGACCUCCGUCCUCAGUUAUUGAUAUCAACGGGAGCGGGGUUCCACGAGAGGACAAUCAGAAGCAUGAUGAGAUAGCCAUGAGUACGAUGAAUUCAUCCACAACGGAAGUGUAG